AUGCAUCAUGAGUUGAUUUGUUGCACUCCAUUGUGGCAUUGGAAGCAUCCACGUCAUGAUUGUGUCUUCGUGGUUGAAGACCAGGAAAAGGCUGGAAUGAGGGGCAUGAUCAUUGGGCAGGUCAAGCUAUUUUUUUCAUUUGCUUUCAAGGGUGUGACAUACCCUUGUGCAUUGAUUGACAGGUUUUCAUGGAUGGGGAGAGGCCCAGAUUCAAUGACGGGCAUGUGGAAGGUGAAGCCCGAGGUUUCUGGGCAGCUCAGGACUCGUGUUCAGUCCAUUGAGCAUGUUGACACAAUCCUUCGAAGUGCUCAUCUCAUCCCCGUCUUUGGCAGCGGUCCCCUCCCUGAUGGUUUUCAUUUUUCUUAUUCUCUUGACGUGUUAAAUUCUUACUAUGUAAAUAAGUAUGCAGAUCAUCAUGCACAUGAAAUUGUGUUCUGA